CCGUCGAAUCGUUCCGCCAUAGCUGAGCCUCUCGUCGCGUCCGACGACAUCACCUACGCAUCAAUUUCUCCGUCACCAUCCGGGGAUCAAAUCAGCGUAUCUUGAUGCCGUCUCAGCGUUAGGUGCCAAGACAACCAGGAGAAAGAAAAGACGAGGAAAGAAAAACACCCGCCCCGAAACCAAAGCAACGGCCUCAAAAUGACGAGCGUCAAGCGGCCUCGCUCCGACCCCUCGUCUUCAAACCUCUUCAGCAAGACCUAUGUACGGUCCACGAAGAAGGGCAAGGUCCAGAAGAUUGUGCGCGAGGUCUACCUCCGACGAGACAUCCCCUGCUCCUCUAAGCUAUGCUCUGUGUGCCUCCACAUCACACCGGCGAGCUCAAGCGGAGAGCGAAUCCCGCCUGUCCUCUCGGAUAAGCCCGCGGGUACCAGGCACUACCCGCAAGGGCAUUACCUCGUCCCAGACACCAAUGCCUUGCUGGGUGCUAUGGACCUGUUCGAGCAGAGCUCUGCCUUCUAUGACGUAGUCAUCCUCCAGACAGUCCUGGAGGAGCUGCGCAACAGGUCGCUACCGUUAUACAACCGCCUGCUCAGCCUUACCAGGAGCGAGGAAAAACGCUUCUACGUCUUCUUCAACGAGUUCAGGCUUGAGACGUACGUGCCCCGGGCAGAGAACGAGUCCAUCAACGACAGGAACGACAGGGCUGUCCGUCAAGCCGUCAGGUGGUACAACGGACACCUCGGCGCCAUCAAGACCAAACAGCUUCCGGCUGUGGUCAUGCUCACCGACGACAGAGCGAAUAUCGAGCAAGCGAAGAAGGAGAACAUCCCCGCUAUAACCUUGCGCGACUAUGUUGCGGGACUCGAGGAUGCGGAUCGCCUGCUCGACAUGAUUGCUGAGUCGCAAGAGCGAGGCAUCUCCCGGGACAAGAACGCCGUCGAGUUCCUGUAUCCCGAGCACUAUACCCUAUCCAAGAUGAUGACCGGAAUCAAGGGGGGUGUGCUCCACCAGGGCAUCUUCAACGUGUCACCCUAUAACUACCUUGAAGCCUCCAUCAAGGUUCCCGAGUUCCCAAAAGCACUUAUCGUGCUAGGACGCGAGAACAUCAACCGCGCCGUAGAUGGCGAUGUCGUGGUCGUAGAGGUUCUCCCUCGGGACCAGUGGAAGGAACCUUCUACUAAGAUUCUCGAGGAAGAGGCCGUCACGAAGAACGAAGAUGCCGACAACGAAGACGGUGACGAUAUCGUCGUUACCGAAAGAGAGAGGCGAGCUCUACAAGACCAGGUUAAGAAGACCCAGGGCCUCAGCACCGAAGGACGGCCACAACCCACGGCAAAGGUGGUCGGGGUUAUCAAGCGCAACUGGCGCCAAUACGUCGGCCACAUCGACCCAUCUUCUGUAAGCCAGUCGGGCAGGCAAGGCAGGAAGCAGGAGAGCGUCUUUCUCAUUCCCAUGGACAAGAAGGUGCCGAAGAUCCGCAUACGCACUAGACAGGCCGGCGAAUUGGUGGGCAAGCGAAUACUGGUCACGAUCGAUUCCUGGGACCGCGACUCUCGACAUCCCAUCGGCCACUUUGUCCGAUCCCUAGGUGAACUGGAGAGCAAAGCUGCCGAGACCGAAGCGCUGCUACUAGAGUACGAUGUCCAGUAUCGACCUUUCCCUAAGACGGUGCUGGAUUGCCUGCCGAGGGAAGGCCACGACUGGAAAGUGCCGGGCAGUACGGACGACCCCGGCUGGAGGGACAGGCAGGACUUCCGAGACCUUCUAAUCUGCAGUAUCGAUCCGCCCGGCUGCCAGGACAUCGAUGAUGCCUUGCACGCGAGGCGGUUACCAAACGGACACUUUGAAGUCGGGGUUCAUAUCGCAGAUGUCUCGCACUUUGUUAAGCCUGGGAACGCCAUGGACACGGAGGCGAGCAUCCGAGGAACCACGGUGUAUCUAGUAGACAAGCGCAUCGACAUGCUGCCGAUGCUACUCGGCACCGACCUCUGCUCCUUAAAGCCUUACGUGGAGCGCUACGCCUUCUCCGUCAUCUGGGAGCUCGACGAAUCCGCCAGCAUCGUCAGCGCGAGGUUCACUAAAUCAGUAAUCAAGUCCCGCGAAGCAUUCAGCUACGAACAGGCACAGUUGCGGAUCGACGAUGCUUCGCAGCAGGACGAUCUUACCCAGGGUAUGAGGAUACUCAUGAUGCUAUCCAAGAAAUUGAAGCAGAAACGGACGGACGCCGGUGCUCUAAGCCUCUCGUCGCCCGAAGUCAAGGUCCAAGUAGAAUCGGAGACUUCGGACCCGAUCGACGUCAAGACCAAGGAGUUGUUGGACACCAACUCGCUCGUGGAGGAGUUCAUGUUGCUUGCGAACAUCAGCGUAGCAGGCAGGAUAUACGAAGCCUUCCCCCAAACCGCUAUUCUUCGUCGACAUUCUGCUCCACCAAAGACCAACUUCGACGAGCUUGCCAACCAACUCAAGGUGAAACGAGGGUUAGAACUCCGAUUCGAUUCGUCGAGAGCCCUCGCCAACUCGCUCGACCAGUGUGUCGACCCCGAGGCCCCUUUCUUCAAUACGCUCGUGCGCAUCAUGGCAACUCGCUGCAUGAUGAGCGCCGAGUACUUCUGCUCCGGGACCCAGGCGUACCCGGAAUUCCGCCACUACGGCCUCGCCUCAGAGAUCUACACGCAUUUCACGAGUCCCAUCAGGCGAUACGCCGACCUUGUGGCCCACCGGCAGCUCGCGGCGGCGAUAGAUUAUGAGCCGAUGCACCCGGCGGUACGCUCGCGGAGCAAGCUCGAGGCCGUGUGCAAGAACAUCAACGUCCGGCACCGCAACGCGCAGCUGGCAGGGCGGGCGAGCGUGUCGUACUACGUAGGGCAGUCACUCAAGGGACGGGUGGCGGAGGAGGAAGGGUUCGUGAUGAAGGUGUUCAGCAACGGCUUCGCCGUGUUCGUGCCGCGGUUCGGCAUCGAAGGGCUGAUCCGGCUGCGAGAUCUCGCCGACCCGGAGCCGGAUAGCGUGUUCAGCGCGGAAACGUACACGCUGCAGACGAGCGGCAGCCGCGAGCUCUCCGUCGAGCUAUUCGCCAAGGUCGUCGUGCGCAUCCGCGACGCGAAGGACGAGGCGACGGGCAAGAGGGGCGCUAAGAUGGAGCUGGUGCGCACCUGCUGAGGAGCGAUAGACGCGCCCCCCCCCGGGUGAUUAUUGCGCGCGCACUCUUACGAAGGACCCGUAACUACUGUAUGCCAUCGGGGCGACAUAAGUACGGCACAACACGUACCUCUAGAGCUAAGUGGGCGCUACGCCGUAGAUACUAUUGUAUAGGCUAAACCGAAACCAGCUUUCGCACAGGCAUAUAGAUUCUACCAGGAGAAAGCGACGGGACAGGAAGGCCAUGAUGAGAUAAACAGGUUACGCUAGGCUACCUAAGCAUGUAUGUGCGCAGGUAUAUAGUUGACAUACUAAGCUCAACAUCAAGAAUGACCCCGAGCGGCCAGUAUCCGCCUAGUAACUAGUUACUACCGGUAGACUUCUCUACGGGCAAAUAUCUUGAGGUGCUUCGACUGCCACGGCGGAGGUUCUGACUACCCAUAGAAUAACAGUCUCCCAUUUCUUGUCUUCUACCUAGUUGCUGAUCGGUCGUAG